GGACCGCGCGACGUCACGUCCUGUAGUUGGUGAUGGCGCUGCCCGUGACGGAUCCGGCACAUUGACUUUUGCUGCGCCGUGUGGUGUCCUUGCCCUCCCUGUCCUGAGCUCCGGGGAUCUUUACCGGCGCAUGAAGUCAGCGGACAUAUUCCCGGCGUGAAAUCCGCGGAAGAGUGGCUGUCAGAGGCCUCAGCGGGCUGGUUAGCGCUGCCUGCACGGAGCUGCUAGCUGCUAGCUGCGUGUUUACGCAAAGGUUACACGACACCGCAGCGUAAACACGCGACACCUUUAGAUAUUUUAAGGCUUUAAAAUAGUAGUAGUAACUUUUCUCAGGCACGUCUCAGAGCAUGUCCCUUCACAGACUGGCCUUCGGGCUGCGACCGACGGUGGCCCGUGUCAGGUGCCUCCACAGCGGCUCGUGUGUCCAGCAGCAGGAGGCUGUGGCUGUGGAGCCAGAACCAGAGUCCAUCUCAGUCUUCAGGACGCAGGAGAAAGACCCAGCUCUCCACUCAGAGAAACACGCCGGACACUUCUACACUCUGCCUCCUGCGCACGUCCGGCUCCUGUUUCCCAACACCCUCCCUUGGCGCUAUCAACAACAGGCGAAGACGUUCAACGAGACCUGCAUCAUGGUGCGGCGGCCGGCCCUGGAGGUCAUCUCUUACCUGAAGAAAGCCGACUAUAGCCAGCCGGCCCUCAGAUAUUUAUUCUACGGGCUGAAGGGGAGCGGGAAAACAAUGUCUCUUUGUCACACGGUCCACUUCUGUUACACACAGGGAUGGCUGGUGCUUCACGUUCCUGAUGCCUUCCUGUGGGUGAAGAACUGUAAGGAGCUGCUGCCGUCGUCCUAUAACUCCUCUCGCUUUGACCAGCCGCUACAAGCCACCACCUGGUUACGCAACUUCAAAAUCACCAGCGAACCUUUUCUUUCAAAGAUAAAGACAAAGGAGCGCUAUGUGUGGACGAAGAGGGAGUCCACGGAGGCGGGGAGUCCGCUCGGAGAGCUGGUGGAUCAGGGCAUUUCUAGAGUGAAGAGCAGCAGCGACGUGGUGGGAGCGGUGAUGAAGGAACUCAGGCUGCAGAGCGGCCAACCGGGAGCGGGCUUCCGCCUGGCCGUGGCUGUGGACUCUGUGAAUGCUCUGUGGGGAAGAUCCACCAUCAAGAAGGAGGAUAAGAGUGCUGUGGAUCCAGAGGAGCUGACUUUGGUUUAUAACCUGAGAAAGCUGGUGAAGAAUGACUGGAGCGGAGGCGCCAUCAUUACCACCGUGUCUCAGACGGGCGCGCUCUACACUCCAAAAUCUGCCUACCUGCCUCAAGAGCUGCUCGGGGAAAGGGGCUUUGACAGCAUGGAUCCAUUCGUCCCCGUAUCCGUGCCCAACUACAGUGAGAAGGAGUUUGAAAGCUGCUACCUUUAUUACACAGACCGAAACUGGCUGCAGCAUCCACAGAGCCGAACAGAAGAAGGGAAGAAAGAACUCGUCUUUUUGAGUAACAGGAAUCCAUCCAUGUUUGAAAGACUUUGUGGCUUUUUGUGAAAUCGCGGAACCAUUUCAUCGUAACAAUGCCACCGGAUGGAUCAGAAAUAUACAAGCAAAUAUCCAUGUGUCUAAUGUGAAUCCUGAUGUAAGAUUAUGUUACUCUGUUGCUUUGAUAAUAAACCAAUAAUACAGAA